AUGUCAAGUAUCAAUUUACUAGCAGCCGGACUCUUCGCCCUCGCCCUAACCUACACCCUCCACACCAUCUACACCAAACUCACCCACGCCCGCCUCGCGCGCCAACUCCACUGCAAACCCGCCCACAUCCGCCCGCACCGCCUCCCCCUCGGAAUCGACACCUUCCAACGCUACAUGCACGCCGCCUCAACACAAAACUCCCAAAACGACGACCUCGCCGUGUACGAAGAGCUGGGAUGUCGCGCGACAUGGAACCAGAACUUGCUGGGGUUCUGGCAGCAUAUGACGGCGGAUCCGAGGAAUGUGCAGGCGCUGCUGGCGAAUCAGUUUGAGGAUUUUGAGUUGGGGCCCGUGAGGAGGGGGGUGUUUGAGCCGUUGAUUGGGCAUGGGAUUUUUACUAGUGAUGGGAAGGAUUGGGAGCGUUCUCGAGGACUCUUGCGACCUCAGUUCGCACGGGGACAAGUCUCCGAUCUCAACAUGGUCGAAGCUCAUGUGCAGAAUCUUUGGAGACGACUCGACGUUCAGGCUGAUGGGUGGACGAGCACGGUGGACCUAGCACCUCUCUUCUUCAACUUGACGCUCGACUCCGCGACAGAAUUCCUCUUCGGACAGAGCGCCUUGUCACAGCUCGUGCCACUAAGAAAACAAGACAAGGCUGAGGCUCAGAAGUCAACAACCCUGGACUGGUCCGGCUUCGGAAAACACUUCGACGCCGCCAACGCAACCGUCACCAUCCGAAGCAGAUUCCUCGAUCUCUACUUCCUCUACAACCCCCGGUCCUUCCAGAACGACUGCCGCGAAGUGCACAAAUACGUCGAUCACGUCGUAGACGAAGCUUUGAAACGCCACAACAACCCCGGAGGAGAGAAAAACAACCGCUACGUCUUCCUCACCCACCUCCUCAAAGCCACCCAAGACCGCACCGAGCUCCGCUCCCAACUCCUCAACAUCCUCCUCGCCGGCCGCGACACCACCGCGGGCCUCCUCGGCUGGACAUUCUACUACCUCGCCCGACACCCCGACAUCUACACCAAACUCCGCCAAAACAUCCUCCACACCUUCGGCACCGCCACCGACACGAUAACCUUCGAAUCCCUCAAAUCCUGCACCUACCUCCAACACCUCCUCCGCGAGGUCCUCCGCCUCGAACCCCUGGUGCCCGAAAACGCCCGCCGCGCCGUGCGGAACACGACCCUCCCCUCCGGCGGCGGCGCAGACGGCCUCAGUCCCAUCUACAUCCGGCGCGGCGAAGAAGUCGCCUACAACGUCUUCAUCAUGCACCACCGGAAAGACAUCUGGGGGGCUGACGCGGAUGUGUUCCGGCCGGAGCGGUGGGAGGAGAGGAAGAAGGGGGUCGGGUGGGAGUAUUUGCCGUUUAAUGGCGGGCCGAGGAUUUGUUUGGGGCAGCAGUUUGCGUUGACCGAGGCGGGGUAUGUGGUUGUGAGGAUCGUGCAGCGGUUUGAGAGAUUGGAGGGGGUGGAGUUGGGGGAGGGGCCUACGUUGAGGAGGUUUACGGCUACGACGAGUCCGGUGGAGGUGAAGGUGAGGUUAAGGGAGGCUGGAAGAGGUGAGUAG